AUGGUCGGUGAUUUAAGGGCCGUGCCGUUGUCUGCGCUCUCAUGUGAAUCUCGAAAUCUUUUAUCCUCUCGUUUAAAUGCCAAGAAGAUUUUACCAGUCGUCGGACACGACCAAAUAUCGCGACACAGGGAUUGGAGAGGUUUAGCGUCACUGAUAAACAUAUCGAACGAAGCCGCAGCUAGCAUAAGAUGUAACGAUCGUGAGGACAGGACGGACAAAGUUUUAAACAUAUGGAUAAACAGAAACGAUGGCACCGCUACGGUCGGACAACUCAUGGACUUUCUCCAAAUUCUUGAUAGAUUUGAUGUUUGUGAUGAUAUUUUGGAACUGGCCAGGGAUAAUAAACUUAUAGGUAACCACAAUCAGAUAGCAUGUAAUCCUGCGAUAGUUCUGGACGGAGUAGACGAUGACUUCAUCACCAAUGAUGACAGGUUGUAUGGAGUCCCACAGCGGUAUCAUGCAUAUGUGCUGUUUGCAAAGGAAGACAGAGAGUUUGUUGAUGAACUGCUCAGAAGAAUGAGACAGGCUGGUUUCAAGUUGUGCACAGAAGACGACCUAAUAGCGGGUCACGCGACCCCGUUCGAGCCGGUUUCCCGCCUCAUAGCUGAGCGUUGUAGAAACAUCGUGCUCGUGUACUCACCGGAUUUCCUCCAAAGUCCCGCCAUCGCCUUCUACAUGAACCUGGCGCAGGCCGACGCUAUUAGUAAGAAGCAGUUGAAGAUAGUGCCCGUGAUGUACCGGGAGUGCAACCUGCCUCGUCACCUCGCCUAUUACACUAAUCUGAGGUACGCGCCACACUCCAGGGUCCCAUACGACUUCUGGGAGAGACUGUCUCAACGGCUCAGGAUCUUUGAUGGACCGAGGAUCACAAUGCCAAACUCCACCUCCAACACUGAUAUUAGAAUAACUGAAACAUCACACAGUCUGAGCAAUGGACACCAAGUGAACGGUGUCUUGAAAACAUUGGCUCUUCCGGACGUUCCAAAGGAGACAAGCUCGUUGACCAAUCUUCAUCGUAUCUCUGAUGAAAUACCCACAUCCUAUGAUACAAAAUCACUCAAUGGAUCAAGAGAUUCAACCGAUAGCAAGAAGAAAUCUGGACCCUUCAAGAAAAUCAUGGACACAUUCAGAGGAAAGAAACAUAAGAAAGCGAUAAGUGUUGAAAACUAA